UUGAUCGUCCGUAUACAGUCAACGUACUUUUACCAUAAAGUCUUAUUUGUUUUAAGACUAAUACGUUUUAAUUUGACCGACCACUUCAAAUUAAUUCUUAACUUGAUUCUGUCCAAUUGUCACUUUAAUCUGAACUCUACAGUUUUGUCAAAUCUACGUUUUUAAAAUUACAACUUCAAUCUGAGAUGUACUUUUAUUUCAGUCAUGUACAACUUAUUUUGCAAUGACUAUCAUUGUAAUAGCUCAGCUUCAAUAAAAUCGAAUACUGAAUUUUCCUAAAAUUAUUUCACUAUAAAACAAACUCACAAAUGUAUUCCUGAAGGUUGUUUUGAAGGGGAAAAAAAAAACCAUUCCUCAUAUAUUUUUCUCUUGAGCAUUUUCAUUAUUUCUCGUAAUCAACUUUGAUAAUUAUGACUAUCUUGAAACUAUCCAGCGACGGUGGACGACUGGUUAGAGCGUCUGCCUCGCAGUUCUGAGGAGCGGGGUUCAAUCCCCGGCCCCGCCUGUGUGGAGUUUGCAUGUUCUCCCCGUGCCCGCGUGGCUUUUCUCCGGGCACUCCGCUUUCCUCCCACAUCCCCAAAACAUGCAGGUUAAUUGCACACUCUAAAUUGCCCACAGGUGUGAAUGUGAGUGCGAAUGGUUGUUUGUUUGUAUGUGGCAACCAGUUGAGGGUGUACCCCGCCUCCUGCCCGAUGUUAGCUGGGAUAGGCUCCAGCACGCCCGCGACCCACGGCUCAGAAAAUGGAUGGAUGAACCUAUCAAACUUCAUUCCACUUUAAUCUCAAAUAUUUAAUUUAUCAAAUACUUAAAUGGGCCUUUUUGUAAUAUUACAACUGUUAAUCUCAGAAAUAUUCAUUUUUUUCUUCUUUUUUUAAAAUCUAUAAAUGAAACGUUUUAUUUUCUCAUAAGAUUGACUUGAAUCCCAUUUUGAAGAAGUGAUGAUGAAAAAUGAGAGGAGGCGGAGUUAAGAUCCAUGUUGUGAGGCAAGACUCAAUUAAUUGUGACUGAUUGGUUGACCAAUAAAAGCAGCUAGGGCAAACGAAUUCCUGUCAGCGCUGAUUGGUUGGCGACUGUAAAAUGUGCACCCAAGAAAAUGCUGAAAUGAGAAGUGAAAUGUCGCGCAACUCUAUGCCCGUCUUAUUUAGUUGCAGCAGUGAAAAUGAUCCAAAUCCUUAAAAGGUUCUUGUGGUCACAGAAAGCAAACUUCCAACAUUUUCAAAUUGAUGUAUUUUAUUCAUAAAAAAAUUAAGUGAAAUAAUUCUGAUGUAUUCCCCCCAAAGUGCCAAAUGAAAGCAGCUCAUGUCGUGUAACUUGCGGUUGUGUCGCAACUUCCACGCAACCUUUUAGCCAUUGAGAGGACGAGCGAGAAAAGUGAGCCACAUGACUCAGCAGAAAGGAUGACAUCAUCAGUCGACCUAAAACGGCCAUGACUGAAUUUUCACGGUUACUUGACGAGCUUCAUCUGGAAGGCAACGGCGACGAGACCCUCCCGCCGAUCACCGCGUUGUUGUCCAAACUGCAGCAGCGUCUGAUCGGCGGACCGCCGGACCCGAGCCUUCUCGUGGAUACGGUCGCCGGCUUCUUCCGAACGGCCGAUCCUCAUCGGCUGUUCGACUCGGCCGACGGGGAAGCGGCUCUGGAGGCGGCGUACGUCUCCGCGGUCUGCGCUCUGAUCGGCCGCGCCGCUCUGCCGGCGUACGAGCGCGCCCGCGACGGCCCCCCGACGCCCGAUCGCUACGCGCGCGUGCCCGACGUGGCCGCCCGCGUGUGCGCCGCCCUGCAAGGCCUGCUGGGAAAAGUGGAGGCGGCGGGCCCGGACAGACGCGCCCGAGGGGUCCUCGUGGCCGUGGCGCCGCAUGUGUGUGUGUACGCCAUCACGCACACCCAGGAGCAGCCGUGGACGAGCCGCGCGUCCCGAGAAGCGGCCCGUCGUCUUCGAGCGUCGUUGCUCGGAGCGGGAAGCUGGCGAGACUGCGCCCACAUGCUGACGGGGGAACGGGCCGGCGCCGACGGGGCAAAGGUCGGCGCCGGUGGGAUUCUGGAAGCCGUCCUGGACGUCCUGCGGCCUCGACUCACCAAGGAAGCGUGGCAGCGGGGCGACGAGGUCGAGUCGGCGUUCGCGUGGACCCUCUUCCAGGUGAAACGCCCUUCCCUGGCCCCUCACCUGCCCCGCCUCCUGGGCCCCGCCCUCCUCAUCAGCGACCACCACGAGCCCAAAAAGUGCAUGCUGGGAGUUCGCUGCCUGCACCACAUUGUCGUCAACACGGCUUCGAGCGAGUUGCGUGCGUUGAAGCGGGCGGACGUGAUGUACGAGGCGUUGGUCAAACUUCUGUACGGGACAAAAAACGCCGACGUCCUCCAGCUUGCGUUGCGUUGUCUGUUGGACCUGCUGCCGGUUUUGGAGAGCCCCCCCUCGUCGGUCCCCGCCGGUCCCUCGCCCGCCCCCAGGAGGGCCCGUCGCCAUGACGACGUGCUGCGUCUGAUCCUCACGCACAUGGAGGCCGAACACGAGGUGGCGCUGAGGAGAGUCUACGCGCGGGCGCUGCCGGCCUACUUGGAAAGGAUGGGCGUGUCCGCGUGUCGUCACUUACGUCGUCUCGGUCGCGUGGUGCCGGCCUACCUGGAGGUCAGCGACGCCCCGGAAGAGGUCACCAGAAUCUUCGCGCUUCAGGCCCUCGAAUGCAUCUUGACGGCGGCGUGGCCACGGUUAGCCCAUAGCGUUAGCGUGUGGCUGCCGUGUUUGCUGCGCCUGCUGGCGGACGCGCCCUCCGAGCUCGACACCCGCCGCGACGUCGCACGUCGGCUGAGCGGUGGAGCUGCUCGAUGCGCCGCCCUGCUGGCCGCCGCCGCAGGCGGGCGCCUGCGGGUGAGUGCGCGCGUGGCACGGAGAACGCCUGUCAAACUACACGUGCGCCAAUGUCGGGUUGUGUGUGUGCGUGUAACUGUACACAAAACGCUAUGCUGUGUGUGUCUUGUGUUUAACAGCACAACAGCGAUAUGUACGCGUGUUAAAUGUUACACAACAGGAGAGUGCUUAACUGUUCACAACACUGUGUUUGUGUGUAAGUGCAUAUAAGUGGGUGUAUACGUCUACAAUAGUGUGUGAGUGUGUGUGCGUGUCUUAACAACACAACAGUAAUAUGUAUGUGUGUGUCUGAAUACACAACAGGAGAGUGCGUGUGUGACUGUUCAUAGCACUGUGUUUAACUACACGAAACUGAGUUUAUUAGUACAUAACACAACAGUAAUGUGUAUGUGUGUGUGUGUCUGAAUACACGAGGAGCGUGCGUGCGUGCAUGCGCAAAUGUUGACAACACUGAGUGUGUUUUGAAUUGACUGUGCGCACGUUUAUCUCCACACGUGUAUAUUUGUGUUUAACAUAACAGUCAUAUGUAUGUGUUGAACUUUUCUUAGUUGCUAACAACACGUGUGUGUGUGUGUUUGUGUGUGUGUGUGUGUGUGUGUGCGUGCACACACUGGAGCAGGCGGACGUGAGCUGUUUUACAUCUGAGGUUGCAAGUUCCUCAGCAACGGUAACCACGGAAACAGAGAGCUGAUCCCAUUGGACACGUGCUGCGCUGCUGUUUGGUUGUCAUGACGACACUUGCAUCUCUUUGACUUCCUGUUUCCUCCCGCCACACUUUCAAAAUAAAAGCUGUUUCGUUCCCACCCAAA